GAGUGUAGGAGACACUGUCACAGGGAACCGGGAUAGAAGUAGGGGGAAGACCCGGGGAAAGAGAAAAGGAGAGCCGUGGCGGGGGAGAGAGAGAGAGAGAGGAGACCGAGACCCGGGGGUUGAGGGAGACCCUAGGGAAAAAGAAGACAGACCGGUGGAGAGCGAGAGGAGAGAGACCUGGGGGGAGAGGGAAGGAAAGAGCAGCUGGGGCAGAGGUUGGUAGUGGUGCUAGAGGGUAGAUACACUUGGGGGGAGGGAGGUGGAAGGCUGGGAGACCUGGUCGAGGAUCAGAGGACACUGGAGAGGGGAGGACUGUAGUGAGCGAAAAGUCUGGGGACAGAAGUGUGCAAGAAUCCCUGAACUGUGAGCUCAGGGUCGGGAUCCAGGUUAGGACCACUUCCCAGGUCGUAAACCGCAUAAAUGUGCCGACCUGACUGGGAUGGAUAUCGUUCUGGCAAGGCAGAAGCUGAAACAGUGUUUGUGGAGCCCGAACAGCAGGUGAUUUUCUUCAAUAAUAUUGUAGCCAUGGAUAGGAGGUUGGAAAGUUUCCUUGUUCCUGUGACGUCUUCUGUAAAAAUUGGAGUUUUGCUUCAGUGGACGUGCGUUUCAAAUCUCAAGUUCCUGUUGUAUGGCUGCUUUUGUCUGACCACAUUGAAUUCACUUACUAGUGCAAGCAUGGACAACUGCAAGACAGUAGGAAGCCAUAGUGGGGUGUUUGUGCAAGUUGGACUGGAAAGCCCAUUUUUGGAACAAGUGGGGAAAGCGGAUUCCAUUCACACUUGUAGAAAUGCCUGCUGUCAGAAAUGCCACUGCAAUGCUGCAUGGCUGUUGGAGGGGAAAUGUCAUCUUUUAGACUGUAGGCUGCAAGAAAACUGUCAGCUAAACCAAACAGGCAGAUCAAACUCCAUUCUAAUAUUUAUUGAUAGACUUUCCCCUUGUGGGGAUAUGCACAGUCUUAUGCACAGAAUUUUAAAAGAAGAUUUUCAUUACAAAAUUGAGGCUAGGACUUCAGAUCAGACCACAAUUGAUAGAACAUCAACUAAAGGCACGUUGUCUGGAUAUUCAUUGGUAGCAAAGCAAAAUAAAAUAUUGUCCAGAAUAAGACGUGAGGUAUCUAAACCAUUUAGUAAUCCUGCAAAGUUGCUGCAAAGUAAUGGUGGUACUCCCUAUGAUGGCAACAAGGAUUUAAAUCCAUCCGGGCACACAGAACAGAAAAACAAGAAGCAUUUAAAACAGCGUUCAUACCAAGAUCUGCAGACCCCUCAAAACAGCCUUAAGGAAAAUGAUACUGUGAAUGAUCAGUUUCCGAAAUAUUCAGCACCUACUUCAAAUGGGAGAAACUUAAAGGAGAUACAGACUCUACCUCCUGAGGUCCCUGAAGGAACCUCUUUGCCAAACACUGCCUCUUUAGUUGUUCCUCCUAAUUCCAAUGUGUCAAGUCCAUCAGUCAGUCAGAAAUGGAUGCAGGUGAAUGCAACAAACAUCAGUAUAGCUGAGACACUGCUCGUUACCACUCUUCCAACUCCGCUCCUGAGCAUGUUACCAGCACAAGUGAAAACUACAGCAAUGGAACAAGAUGUAACUCCUCCUCCUACAUCCAACACUACAAGUGCAACUAGUGUCGCAGGAAAACCAGUGAUGAAGGAAUUGGUUGUUUCUGCUGGAGACGGUGUGGAGAUCACUCUGCCAAAGAAUGAGGUUGAACUGAAUGCAUACGUGUUACCAGAAACAUCUCAAGGAUCGAGUUAUAAGUAUGAUUGGCAACUUAGCACACACCCACAGGACUAUGUGGGGCAGAUGGAGGGCCAACACUCAAAGACUCUGAAACUUUCCAGUCUUUCGAUCGGCUUCUACAUGUUUAAAGUAAUUGUUCAAGGAGACAAUGCGUAUGGAGAAGGAUCAGUGAAUGUGACUGUCAAACCGGCACCUCGUGUAAAUCAAUUUCCAGUGGCUAUUGUAUCUCCAAAAUUCCAAGAGAUCUCACUGCCUACAACAUCUACUUUUAUUGAUGGGAGCCAAAGUACUGAUGAUGAUGAAAUUGUAAGUUACCAAUGGGAGGAGGAGAAGGGUCCAUUGCGAGAGGAGAAAGUAUCUGCAAGCACACCAAUCCUGAAACUGACCAACUUGGUUCCAGGCAAUUAUACAUUCAGUCUGACAGUGGUGGAUUCUGAUGGUGCCAGUAACUCAACCACAGCAGUUGUCACCGUGCACAAAGCAGUAGACUAUCCACCUGUGGCCAAUGCUGGUGCAAAUCAGGUCCUGACGUUGCCCAAGAACUCCAUUAUGUUGUAUGGCAACCAAAGCACAGAUGACCAUGGAAUCGUCAGCUAUGAAUGGUCCUUAAGCCCAAAGAGUAAAGGCAAAGUUGUUGAAAUGCAGGGUGUACGAACAUCAUCUCUCCAGUUGUCAGCAAUGCAGGAAGGUGACUACAUCUUUCAACUUACAGUCACAGACUCUGCAGGCCACCAGGCCACAGCUGAGGUGAUGGUAAUCGUGCAACCAGAAAAUAAUAAACCCCCAGUGGCUGAUUCUGGUCCUGAUAAAGAGCUGACCCUUCCUGUGGACAGCACAAUAUUGGAUGGCAGUAAAAGCACAGAUGACCAGAAAAUUACAUCCUACCUGUGGGAAAAAACAAGUGGCCCUGAUGGUGUGAAAAUUGAGAAUGCAGACAGCGCGAUUGCCACAAUAACAGGUCUUCAGGUUGGGUCAUAUGAGAUUACACUGACAGUGAAGGAUGAACGAAACCUGGAAAGCCACGAUUCUGUCAGAAUAAUUGUGAGAGAGGAAGUCAAUAAGGCUCCGGUUGCUAAGAUAACAAGGAAUGUUGUGAUCACCCUCCCUAAUAACACAGCUAUGCUUGAUGGAUCAAAAUCAUCAGAUGAUAAGGGAAUUGUCAGCUACCUUUGGACGAGAGAUGAGAGCAGUCCAGCAGCUGGAGAUGUGCUAAAUAACACUGAUCACCAGCCUGUGCUCUUCCUGGCCAAUUUGGUUGAAGGACUAUAUACAUUUUGUCUCAAAGUAACUGAUGCAAAAGGAGAAAAUCAUAUUGACAGGGCAACACUGGAAGUCAGACCUGAUCCCCAAAAGAAUGAUCUUGUAGAAAUUAUCCUAGAUGUCAGUGUCAGCCGGUUAACUGAGAGACAAAAGGGCAUGUUACUUCGGCAAAUAGCUGUCCUCCUUGGAGUCCUUGAUUCAGACAUUACAGUGCAAAAAAUUCAAUCUUACACUGAACAGAGUACACAGAUUAUCUUUUGUGUGAAGAAUACGCAAGCUCAUCAGGUAUUGAGGGGCCAGGAUGUUGCUCGGAUACUGAAGAAUAAAUUUCGGAAGCAGAAAUCAGACUUCCUAGUUUUCCGGGCUCUCCAAGUCAAUACAGUCAUCUGUCAGUUGAAUUGUUCAGACCAUGGUCGGUGUGAUUCUUUCAAUAAACGUUGUCUCUGUGAUCCAUUCUGGAUGGAGAACUUCAUUCGAGUUCAGUUAGGAGAUGGAGAACGCAACUGUGAGUGGAGCGUGCUGUACGUUGUCAUAGCUGCAUUUGUCAUAUUGGUUGCCAUUGGAAUUUUAGUUUGGAUGGUCCUCUGCUUCUGUAAAAGGCGCAAGGGAAAACCUAGAAGGAAGAGCAGAUAUAAAAUACUAGAUGCUACAGAUGAUCAUGAAAGUCUGGAAUUGAAGUCUAACUCCAAGCCAGUUGGCAGGCUGACAGCUCCAGCACAGAACACCAGCUUAAUGGUUUCAGAAUCUGAACUUGACAGUGAUGAAGCAAUCUUCACCUGGCCAGACAGAGAGAAAGGGAAAUUACUGCGAAACCAGAAUGGAUCAAUCCACAAUGGCCAAGUAGUUCAAAAAACUAAGAAACAAAGGGAAGAAAUCUUAUAAGCGGAAUGUAGCCACCAGACCUAUAAAAACUAUAGAGCUAGGAUAGAAGCUGUCUCCCAGUAUUAUCUCUGCUCAGUAAAAUGAAGAUUGAUCUGAAGCAAUAGUGACUGCUGUGUUGCAUGCAGUGUGUCAUCCAUAUCUGCAAAAUGAGUCGGUUCAGCAUUUUAUUGCUUAAACUGUUCAUCUUGUGUGAGAUUAACAGAAUCUGAUUUCUCAUUUGAAGGUGAGAAAAAGAGUUGGGAGAGAUGCAAAUUGGCCAAAAAAACUGUGGCUGCACUUGAUGCUUCAGCAAUUAACAAUCUGCAGUUUUGUGGUUUUGAUGCCCUGUGUUUCCAGUGAGACAUCUACUGGAAAUCUAUUGCACUGCAGCUUAAAAAUUUAAAGCCAAACAUGUGACGUGGGAACACACUGGAUGUCUUGUGAACUUUAACCAUUACCCAAGGCUUGGAUAUGACCAUUUCCUUUCGUUCAGCAAUUGGAAAGGUAUGCUGAAGUCCAUGGAAAACUGAAUACUGUGAUACUAGACGUUGUCUUGAGAUUCUGGAAAUUUUACUCUGAACUUCUACCUUUCUCUUUUUGAAGACUUGUAAUGCAAGUGAUCACAAAGGGAUUUACUGUCUUAACUUGUUGUCUUAGUGAGUUGACUCUGGUGCAGAAGUGUUGCACAUCUGGUAAUGGCCCUGGGUUGUUUUAGGUUUGUAAAAAUAAUUAUUACUACUGUAUUUUUCUGUUAAUGUUAGGAAUGUGUUGGUUUUUAUUAGUGUGACAUUGACAGGGUGUUCUUAAUUUAUUCUUUGGGACGGCACCACUUUGCAAUGUUAUUCCCUUCCAAUGAAUGUAGGUCUGUUUUUGCUGCUCACUUGUUUCUCUGUUUUUAAAAACAAAUGUCUUCCUUUUAAAUACACUGACACCUGACAUCUUGAUACCGGUGAACGAUCCAAUUGGUGCUCAUUUUAAGGUGACAAAGGAAUAAUGUAAUGAGCAAGACAUGAGUGACAGUUCCCCAUUUAGUGCCUUCCAAGAACAGAAAUAUUACUUAACAGUUUUUGAAAUAUGUAUGUUGUACACAGCAAAACAAAAUGCUGUGCUCCUGAUAAUUUUAAAAAAAGCUUUAAAGGAACUACGUACCUUGAUUUAAAAUGGCAGAAAGUUGAAAACCUUCAUAACUGGAUCAAUUCUGGAUGAUUCAUUCAAAAGUUUAAACAAAAAGUAAGAAAAAUUAUUUUAUUGAUUUGAUCUUUCAAUGUUGGCAAGACUGCACUAAUAACUUGGCUGCUUGUUAUGAUUUAUUUCAAAAUCCAACCAGUAGUGUUAUAUUGUUAUUUUAAAAUGUCAAUAGUCCGUUACUUGGAAUUGCUGUAUGUAAAUGUUCUAACAGUUCUUUCAAUUGUAAUGUAACUCAAACAUUUGCACACAACAAUCCCCGUCAGAACAAUAAUGUAAACUGGAUUGCUCCUUAUAUAUAGUUGUAAUGAGUGACUUUUUAGAAAAGAUGAUAGAGUCAGAAUGAGUUCAUUGGGCAUGUUCAUGGAUUUUCCCCAGUUUGAAGCAUUUAUCCUGUGAGCUGCUCUGUUUGUUUAAAAAGAGAUGGUAUGGGUCCAUGUUGCACUAUGGAAUAAAUAUAUCAAGCUAUGUGCUGCUGAGCUAUUCAUGAAGAUCUCAGUUCUUGGUGUGUGCUGCUGAAAUCUUCCCUAUGAUUCUCGUUGAGAAGGGGAAAAUUAUCCAGGUGUUUCUGGAAAAACUCAUCUAUUGAUUAGACUGAACUUAGUGGUGAUAACUCUAGCUCUUGUGGAGUCUGUUUCUGCAUAACAAAAAAGCAACUCAAAUGAUGUGCCAAAAAGGCUGUUGGUAUCAGUUUAAUUGUACUGUACUGCAACAUGUUUAAUUGACUUACAGAAAUAAUCCAUGCACAGAGAAAAUGCAAUGGACAAAACCUACUAUUGUCUAUCUAUCUGUGGAUGUUGAGUACAGAAGGAGAAGGUCUGGAAACUAAUAUUUAGGAAGGAAAGAAUUUAUUAUCUUGAUGUCCAAAAGUACUGAGUGACCAAUGAAAUAGUUUUCAAGUCCAAAAACUGUUUGGGGAAACAUGUCAGUCAAUUGUACAUUAUGAAAUGCCACAAACCACGAGAUAAAUGAUUUUUUUUUCUCAAAAGUUAGCUAAGGGAAAAAGUAUUGCAUGCAGAUAACUCACUGCUUUUCCAUGCUUAAAGCAGUGGUUUCUUACACAGUUUGAGAGAUCUGAUGGGCUUUGGUUUAACAAUUUACCUAAAAGAUGGCAUCCCUGACAACAGUCAGUGUACUGAUAUACAUCAGGGUCAAUUCUGUGCUCAAGUCUUGAGCCAAGGCUGGCAACAAAUGUCCAUUUGAACCAUUUUAUCUCUGUUGUGUUUUCUUUUAAACCCAUUCCUAUUUGGAUUUGGCAUAUGGCUGAGGAAAACACCAAAGAAAUUUCUGAACUAGUUUGAUUUAUCUGUAAUCACCUUUUAAUUGAUCAUAUUUAGAGUGGUAUAGCAUCCAUAAUUAGUUUUUAAUUCAUCCUCUACUAAGUUCUUACAAAUUGCUUUUCCCCAGGUGUCAUUGGCAGAAGUGGAGUGUGAAUUGACUGAAAGAUUGACAAUGUUUUACAUCAAGGAUGAGAGAUGCAUUCUUUGAUUAAGCCACAGGCUGUCAUAAGCCAGAAUUGCAGAAAGGUCUUCCAUCAUUUGUCCAUAUUCCAACAAAUGCAGGAUUUUUGGACAAAUUGAUUUACUGUAAACUUGCAGUUUAUAUAUUUCAUAAAUCCACAUGGUGGUAAAGCCUUCUGUACAGCACUUGAAGAGGGGGAUAGGGUAAUCAUGAGAUAUUCUUAAAUACACUGCUUUUGAACCCAGGUAUACAAAAGUAAAUUUUCACUAAAAGAAUAAUACUUGGAGAUUAACCAUUCAUUUCUAAAAUUAGACAAUGACCUUAGAAGAUGCAAGCAUUAAAUACAUUUAUAGUUAUAGUGAAUGUCAACAAUUGUAUCGUUCACCUUUUCUUGCAUAGCAUACUGGAUUGAAAUGUUGCACUAUGCACCAGCAUUUGUCACUGUGGAGAAUUUUCAUAUAACUCGUGUGUUUUUUGUUAACUUUGUGAAGUACAAGUCUUGCUUUUAAAAGUAAGUGGAUGAUUUCUGGGAAUAAGCAGCUGAUCAGUUGAAGUAUGGAUUUUAAAAAUUUGACAGUUUGCUUAUUUUGUUUUAAGUUUUUUUGUCAAUAUCUAAAAUUUAUUUUUGAAAAGAAGCUAAAAACAUUUAUUUUAAUGUUUAAAAGGUUUACUCCUUCAUUGACAUACUGUUUAAUUGCCAGAUGUCCAAGAAGGUUUGUUUGAUGUGACAUUGUAUAAUAUGGCAAAAUAACACUGGAGCAAGAUUUUUUUUCCCAUUAAAAUAGCAUCUCAAUGCAUUUUCACUUAG